AUGCAAUAUUUGCAUUGCUUUACAUUCAAUAUGUUUGGAACAGCUUCCGAUCAGAGAGAAGUUAACGUGCCAGCAAGCGAGGCAUGGAAGGUCUACGGUACGCUUGAACUCGGCAAAAUUGCUCAAGAAACGCUUCCACAAUGGUUUCAAAAAAUUGAAGUCGUAGAAGGUGAUGGAGGAGCCGGGACAAUUAUUGAGAUAAUUUUUUCUUCAGGUGCAGGAUUGUCAUCUCGUAAAGAGAAAUUUACCAUAGUCGAUGAUGAGAGACGAGUGAAGGAAAUUGAUGUGGUUGAAGGUGGAUAUCUUGAUAUGGGAUUUAAGUUUUAUCGUGGUCGAUUAGAAGUUAUAGAAAACGAAGAAAAUUCAUGCAUUACCAAAGCCACAAUUGAGUACGAGGUAGAGGAAGAUUUUGUUGCCAAUGCUUCAUUUGCAACUAUCAAACCACUGGUCGAUAUUAUGGAUGCUGUUGCAAAUUACUUGGAAACAAAAUGA